AGCCUCCCCAUCGUCAUCUUCUCUACCAGAUUCUUCUGGUUCUGACCUUUGGCCUCCCAUGUCCGAUAACCCGUCAAAUCCGGGUCACUGUCGAACCGAAUUCGGGUGUCGGAUCACGUCGUCUCCGAACUGAUCAAGCAAAGCGAAAGUGAAAUGGUCUUUGAUUGAUUCGUGAGAUUGAAGAAAUGGUUUGUGAUUUUACAGAUUAACAUAUCUUCACCAAACAUUCCCACUCUUCAAAGCUACUCUCCUCAUCCGAUUCUAGUUCUUCUUUCUAAUUCAACUCUCCAGAUUCCGAUUUCGUCGCUCUUCGUUCUCUCUCUUUGACUUGAGAGAGUGGUGAACAUGAUGAAGCUGACGGGGUUGCAGCAGCAGGGCCGCCGGAGCAACAGCUUCAGAGGAUCGUCUUUGGAUUUGUCGUCUGACGGCUCAAUGAAGUCGCCGGCGUCCCUUUUCUGGCUCCUCCUCCACGCUAUCUGCUGCCUCGUCAGUCUGCUUCUCGGAUUCAGAUUCUCCCGCCUGGCGCUCUUCCUUGUCUUCUCCAACUCCUCUCCCACCACGCCGACUUACAGCCUCUACGCAGCGCAGUUCAAUGCCGCCGACCUCACAACCGUGGAGGCUCGCGGAUCUCCGGCGUCUUUCAAUAGCAAGGUGGUGGUCGGCCGGCACGGGAUAUUGAUACGGCCGUGGCCUCAUCCAAACGCCACGGAGGUGAUGAAGGCUCAUAGGAUAAUCGAGAUUGUUCAGAAGGAGCAGAGGAUUCAGUAUGGAGUAAAAAAUCCUAAGACUCUAAUUGCAAUCACUCCGACCUAUGUCCGAACCUUCCAGACUCUGCACCUCACCGGAGUUAUGCAUUCCCUCAUGAACGUGCCCUAUGAAGUCAUCUGGAUGGUGGUUGAAGCAGGCGGAACCACCAACGAGACCGCCUCUUUGAUUUCCAAAUCAGGACUCAGAACCAUCCACUUGGGAAUUCGUAACCGAAUGCCUAUCAUGUGGGAAGGUCGCCACGAUCUGGAGACGAAAAUGCGAGUUAGGGCUUUAAGAUAUGUUAGAGAUGAGAAACUGGAUGGAUUGAUUAUGUUCAUGGAUGAUAGCAACAUGCACAGUUUGGAGGUUUUUGAUGAAAUUCAAAAGGUUAAAUGGAUUGGUNGAAUGGUGAUGAUGAAGAUGGCAUUGAGAGUCCGUUAUCACUGCUGAAGGAUUCUUCCAUGGUGGAGCCGCUUGGGAGCUGCGGGCGCAAAGUUAUGGUGUGGUGGCUUCGUGUUGAAGGAAGGGCUGAUAGCAAGUUCCCUCCCAGAUGGAUAAUUGACCCUCCAUUGGAGAUCACCGUGCCAGCAAAGCGGACCCCAUGGCCAGAUGCUCCACCAGAACACCCAUCUGUUGUUGAAAAGUCAGGCAGCAUCCGAGAGAAGAGGACAACAAAACCUAGAAGCAGCAGGAGGCACAGUUCUAGGAAAAGGAGGCAUGCGGCUUUAACAAGGAAUAAUAAUGGAGAUGACGAUGAAACCAUGACCAAACACAUUCUGGGGAGUCAUGAUAAGUAGCUGCAAGUAAUUAAAGAAGCACACAGAAAACUGGAGAGUUGUGGAGAUAACCAACAAUUCUUCAUCAUCAUCAUCAUCAUCAUCAUCAUCUUCUUCUUCUUCUGUUUAUAUUCAUUCCUCUGCAGUGUGAGGAGUAGAGCUGGCCAGUCAUGCAUACAUUCAAGUCUUCAACAUAUCAUUAUUUACCAUUCAUCAUUACCAUCCUCGUUUGGUACGUAUAUAUGAGAGAUGGCAUCUCGAUCU